AUGGAGGGGUUUGAAAGUAUCAAAAAUGUCUACGGUGAAAAUGUGCAGUUAAGUUUAGGCGAAAAUAGAGGACAAUUUAAUGCACUUUUUGAUUAUUAUCGGUCGACAUGGCUACAAGGAGUUAACUCAGAUAUGUUAUCGGUGAACGAUACAGUUUGGCGCACCAAUAAUGUACUGGAAGUCAGCCAUCAACACUUACGCGCGCAUAUGGGAAACAGACAACAGCCAGAACCGUGGAUAUUUCUGAAAGGACUAAUUACAUAUUCAAGAGUGAAUGUCCCACAACUUCAACCACUUAUAGAACGUGUGAAUGCACCACGUCCUCCAUCUCCAAUUUUGUUGGAGUUACCGCCUCAUCCACAUCGGGAAGAAAUUAUCGCUAGAUUAUUGCCUCUACGGAUACGACAACCUGUUCCUGAAAAUUUUCUUGAUGUAUCAUCUAAUUCAGAUGAUGAAGAUAACGUUAUAGCUAGAACACAGGCUAACCAAAUCUUAAAUGAAGACUUUAAUAGUAAUUAUUUAUAA